CCCCCCACCUGCCUUUCUGCCCCCAGCUGCAUCUUUAUUUGGCACCUGGGCCCCGAGAUCACCACUAGCAUGAGGGAGCAUUUGCUGGAGCUCGACCCGCUGCAGCCCCAGCGGGAGGAGGAGCCGGAUCUCCCAGCGCAGCUCGGGUAAAGCCCCUCACCCCCGCAUCGCACCCCGCUUUGGCCCUUUGGGGGGCCGGGUGGUGGUGGCGGGGUCAGGCCCCAGCGUUCUCCCCUCCUCCAGGCCCCAGACCAACGUCACCCUCCCUGGUGGGACGGUGGCGCCCCGGGAGGAGCCCCUGGAGGAGCAGGACGAGGCUCCGUCCCCACAAACCCCCUCUCAGGAGGACUCGGAGCCGCGUACGUGUGUGUCCCCCCCGGCUGCACCCCGAUUUUCUGCCCGCGGGGCCGCUCCUGACCCCGCUCUCCCCCUCCAGCGCCCGCCUGCGUCCUGACCAACGGCAGGCUGCCCAUGUGGGCCAAGAGGCUGCUGGGAGAGGCGGAGGACGGGGACAGGGCGGCCGCCGGCCCUCCCCGCAGCUACCGGCCGCGGGGGCGAUGGGCAGAGCGCGCCCAGAGGGGCCCCAUCAAGACUCUGCCGGAGUCGGACCCCCCUUAUUUCACCCCCCUCAAAGGCGACACGGAGCCGGACCCCGGCAGCCUGGACCAUCUCCUGGCGGAGGCUGAGGCCUCCCCCCGCGGCCCCGGUGAGGAUUUCCAGUUCUCGGAGCUUUUCCUGGAUGAGGAGAGCGACGGGGAAUGGGAAUCACCAGAUGCGGCCGGGAGCAGCCCGGAGGAGCCGCGCGGGCCGGCGCUGAGCAGGUCGGUGCUGGAUGGAGAAGCAAACGCCGCCUUUAUCGGGGUUAAACCACCCUCCCCCUGCUAGUCUGGGCUUUGCUAAACCCGCCGAGCCCUGCUGACCCCUCACCCC